UUUGUUAUGAUCAGUCCUGCGAUUUUCAACUCAUUUUCAGAUCUAAAAAAACAAACAAAAACAUUUGAAACUGUCAUUGACCCAAAUGAGGCUAUGAUUCCUAUUCCUCGAGAGUUUUGUAAAGCAUGGAAUACUGAAAUUGGAAAGCACUCAUAUGGUUGGAUCGUAGGACCUGAUUUCGGUAUUUUGGUCAUUUUCCAUGUAUCUGAGACUCAGAAUUCACUAAGUUCUGGUCGUGAUGUUGCAAAAGCAUUCCGUUUUGUUGAACCAACUAAAGUCAAAUUGGAGUAUGCUAUUCAAAAAAACACUUUCUAUAUGAAAACCCUACCCAGGAUGCAUGACAAUAAUCAACAAAUUGAAAUUAUUCAAAUCAACUCUACUGAUGAUGAAUCAGAUGCUGGCAAGAACCGUGCUGAUUAUGAAAGGCGUAGAAAUAACCGUGCUGAUUAUGAAAGGCGCAGAAGAGUUAAAGUUCAACAAAGUCAAAAUUAUUCAAAACUUAAGCAGAAAAAUCAAGUUACAAUUAACCCUACAGCCUCAAAAGUUUUGGUGCAAAAGAAUGAAUCUAAGCUGCCGUUGAAGAGGAAACUUCAGAAGGACAUAAUUGCAGAUACAUCAAGGAGAACCAGAUCAAAAAUGCUGGUGCAAACUAAUGACUCUAAGCUGCCAUUCAAGAGGAAACAUCAGAAGGACAUAACUGCAGUUACACCAAGGACAACCAGAUCAAAAAUGCUGGUAUGA